AUGCCAGCCAUCCUGGUAGCCUCCAAAAUGAAAUCGGGACUACCUAAACCCGUCCACAGUGCUGCUCCAAUCCUGCAUGUCCCAACGACCAGGACCAUCCCACAGCCCUGUUACCUGAAGUUUGGGAACAAGGUGGAGGUGACGAAGCCACUGUAUUCCAGCCAGAUUCCUCUCAAAUCUGCAAAUGGACAAGAAAACGGAGGAGAUGUACUCCCACCAAGGAAGAGUGGCUCUGUAGAAAACGGAUUUGACACACAGAUAUAUACAGAUUGGGCAAAUCACUAUCUAGCAAAAUCUGGCCACAAGAGAUUGAUAAAGGAUCUACAGCAAGAUGUGACUGAUGGAGUAUUAUUAGCCGAAAUAAUCCAGGUUGUAGCAAAUGAAAAGAUUGAAGACAUCAAUGGCUGCCCCAAAAAUAGGUCUCAAAUGAUUGAAAACAUAGAUGCAUGUCUGAGUUUCUUGGCUGCUAAGGGAAUUAACAUCCAGGGGCUGUCAGCAGAAGAAAUCAGGAAUGGGAAUCUAAAGGCCAUCUUGGGCCUUUUCUUCAGUUUAUCUCGAUACAAGCAACAGCAACAGCAGCCACAGAAACAGCAAGCACAGCACCAUCCAUCCCAGCAAGCAGGGCCUCCAUCCCAGUGCCAGGUUGGGGUACUGCAGCAGCAGGUCCCAGCAUCACUCCAGACUCCGUGCCAACAGUCCCCACAAGCUGCGCAUCAGUUCAAAGCAGAACCAGAAAUGCAGUCCAGUGCAUCUCCCAGGGACUCAUCUCAAACGAAAGUCAUCCGAUUCUCUCUUGGUCAGAAAAAGUCCUCUAGACUUCCAGGCCCCACCAUGAGGGUGUCUGCUGCAGGCAGUGAGGCCAAAGCUCGUGGUUCUAUUAGUGCCAACAGUCGACGCAGCCAGAGCUUUAACAAUUAUGACAAAUCUAAGCCUGGACUUCCCCCUCCAACACCAACAAGUAGCAGUGACAGAGAGCCUGCAGACAGUCCGGCUUCCCAGCCCACAGGAAUGAAUGAAAAUGUCUCAUCCUCAGUUCAAAACUGCAGCAGUACUGUUAGUUGCAAUAACUCAUCAGCCAUCCCUCAGCCCAGCUCUGCUAUUAAACCUUGGCGCAGCAAGUCCCUCAGUGCUAAGCACACAGCUACGUCUUCCAUGUUAUCUGUAAAGCAGCCCACCCCGGAACCUCCAAAGCCAGCCUCGGAAAUUGCCAAAACAGCUCCCAACAGUCAGAAAUCUAUGCUUGAAAAAUUAAAACUCUUCAAUAGCAAAGGAGGCUCCAAAGCAGGAGGGACAGUGUUUGAGUGUCCAGGGUCUCAAAACAGCAGCUGUGAAAAGCUGGAGAUGCUUCUCAGCUUUGAAGAGAACGAAGAAAUAGAUGGCACAAAUCAGAAUGGGAACAAUCCGGGAUCCGUGUCCAGUAGUCCCAAAAUUGCACUCAAGGGAAUUGCACAAAGGACUUUUAGCAGGGCACUAACUAAUAAGAAAAGCUCUCCAAAGGGUAAUGAGAAGGAUAAAGAGAAGCAGAAAGAGAAGGAAAAGGAUAAAAGUAAAGAUGUUGCAAAGAGAACAUCUAUCACUGAAAAGCUGGAGCUGAAAGAGGAACCAAAAGAAGAACAGACAGCACUAGCAACAACAGAGAUGCCAAAAAAGUCCUCCAAGAUCGCAAGCUUUAUCCCUAAAGGAGGAAAGCUGAAUAGUGCCAAGAAGGAGGCCUCUGCCCCUUCUCACAGUGGAAUACCAAAACCAGGAAUGAAAACCAACACAGGGAAAUCCUCAAGUGCCCCCGUUCCUACAAAGGAAGGUGACAGAAGCCGCAGCGGGAAAGCCAGCUCAGGGCUCUCUCAUCAGAAAUCUCAGUUGGACAGCAGGCAUUCCAGCUCCUCGUCCAGCCUCGCCUCUUCCGAAGGAAAAGGCGUUGGAGGCCUCAACAGCAGCAGCAGCAGCCAAGCUGUGAAUGGUGCCGCUGCGAUGACGCACACCACAGGGAGCAAUACUGUGAGUGUUCAGCUACCUCAUCCCCAACAGCAAUACAGCCACCCAAACACUGCUACAGUAGCUCCCUUCAUGUACAGAUCGCAGACAGACAAUGAAGGGAAUGUAACAGCCGAGGCCAGCACAGGAGUGGUCACCAUUGAUUCUGCUCUUUAUGUCAAAACUGGACAGUCUGCUCUCGAAGACCUCUCAGGAGAGGAUCCAGAAACUCGGCGGUUACGAACUGUGAAAAACAUCGCUGAUCUCCGGCAGAACUUAGAGGAAACCAUGUCCAGUUUGAGAGGAACCCAGGUCACUCACAGCACAUUGGAAACUACAUUUGACACCAAUGUCACCACUGAAAUCAGUGGCCGCAGCAUCCUCAGCUUGACAGGGCGACCAACCCCUUUAUCAUGGAGACUUGGGCAGUCCAGCCCUCGCCUGCAGGCAGGCGACGCUCCAUCGAUGGGAAACGGGUAUCCACGAGGGAAUGCCAGUCGCUUCAUCAACACAGAAUCAGGACGCUACAUGUAUUCGGCACCGCUGCGGAGGCAGCUGGCAUCUCGUGGCAGCAGUGUCUGCCAUGUGGACAUCUCAGACAAGGGAAGUGAUGAAAUUGAUCUGGAAGGCAUCACCAUGGAUGCCACUGGCUAUAUGAGUGAUGGGGAUGUGCUGGGCAAGAAUAUCAGAACUGAUGACAUCACAAGCGGGUAUAUGACUGAUGGUGGUCUGGGGCUCUAUACUCGAAGGCUAAACCGGCUGCCUGAUGGCAUGGCUGCAGUGCGGGAGACGAUGCAGCGCAACACUUCGCUGGGGCUUGGAGAUGCUGACAGCUGGGAUGACAGCAGCUCUGUCAGCAGUGGGAUCAGUGACACCAUAGAUAACCUCAGCACUGAUGACAUUAACACUAGCUCCUCUAUCAGCUCCUAUGCCAACACGCCUGCCUCCUCUCGCAAAAACUUAGAUGCACAGACUGAUGCAGAAAAGCAUUCCCAGGUUGAGCGGAAUUCCUUAUGGUCCAGUGAUGAAGUCAAGAAAUCAGACGGAGGAUCUGAUAGCGGCAUAAAAAUGGAGCCAGGAUCUAAAUGGAGGCGUAAUCCCUCUGAUGUGUCAGAUGAAUCUGAUAAAAGUACUUCUGGUAGGAAGAACACUGUUAUUUCACAGACGGGCUCCUGGCGACGGGGCAUGUCAGCUCAAGUUGGCAUUACCACACCAAGGACUAAACCUUCAACCACCUCAGGCACAUUAAAGACACCUGGAACAGGGAAAACUGAUGACGCCAAGGUAUCAGAAAAGGGUAGACUAUCUCCUAAAGCUGGACAUGUUAAGCGUUCCCCAUCAGAUGCAGGACGCAGCAGUGGUGAUGAAUCCAAAAAGCUUCCCACAAGUAACACUAGAACAACUGCUGCUAAUGCUAAUACAUUUGGAUUUAAGAAACAGAGCGGGUCAGCCUUAGGCAUGACUAUAAUCACUGCCAGUGGGGCAACGAUCACCAGUAGAUCAGCUACCCUGGGAAAAAUCCCAAAGUCAUCUGGACUCAUGGGUAGGACCACUGGUCGGAAGACUAGUGUGGAUGGCUCCCAGAACCAGGAUGAUGGCUACUUAGCACUUAGUGCCCGAACUAAUCUUCAGUAUCGUAGUUUACCCCGGCCCAGUAAAUCCAGUAGCAGAAGUGGAGCUGGGAAUAGAUCUAGCACAAGUAGCAUAGACUCCAACAUAAGCAGCAAGUCAGCUGGGUUGCCUGUCCCAAAAAUGAGAGAGCCUGCCAAGGUAAUCCUUGGAAACUCUCUGCCAGGAUUAGUUAAUCAGACUGAUAAAGAGAAAGGGAUUUCGUCUGACAACGAAAGCGUGGCCUCAUGUAAUUCUGUUAAAGUGAAUCCUGCAUCACAGACUGCUUCUAGUGGAGCUCAAAGUACUCACCAGCAAGGAGCCAAGUACCCUGAUGUGGCCUCUCCCACUUUGCGCAGACUUUUUGGUGGCAAGCCUAAUAAACAAGUUCCCAUCACAACAGCUGAAAAUAUGAAAAACUCAGUAGUCAUCUCCAAUCCUCACGCUACUAUGAACCAGCAGGGAAAUCUGGAUUCGCCAUCUGGCAGUGGUAUGCUGAGCAGUGGGGGCAGCAGUCCCUUGUAUAGUAAAAACACAGAUCUGAACCAAUCUCCAUUAGCUUCGAGUCCCAGUUCAGCACAUUCAGCUCCUUCCAACAGUUUAACGUGGGGUACCAACGCAAGUAGCUCUUCUGCUGUUAGCAAGGAUGGCAUUGGAUAUCAGUCUGUCAGCAGUCUUCAUACCAGCUGUGAAUCCAUUGAUAUCUCUCUAAGCAGUGGAGGUGGGCUGAGCCAUAACUCCUCCAGUGGGUUGAUUCCAGCCUCUAAAGAUGAUUCUCUGACUCCCUUUGUCCGAACCAACAGUGUUAAGACCACAUUGUCUGAAAGCCCUCUUUCUUCCCCUGCUGCUAGCCCCAAAUUCUGCCGAAAUACUUUGCCCAGGAGACAGGACAGCGACCCACAUCUUGAUAGGAACACUUUGCCUAAAAAGGGACUCAGGUAUGCUCCGUCCUCACAGCUCCGUAAUCAAGAUGAUGCUAAAGAAUGGCUACGCUCCCAUUCAGCGGGAGGACUUCAGGAUACUGCUGGCAAUUCCCCUUUUUCAUCUGGAUCCAGUGUAACAUCACCCUCUGGAACUAGAUUUAACUUCUCACAGCUCGCAAGCCCAACCACUGCAGCCCAGAUGAGCUUGUCAAAUCCAGCCAUGCUACGGACCCACAGCCUUUCCAACGCAGACGGUCCUUAUGACCCCUAUAGCGACACGCGCUUCAGGAACAGCUCCAUGUCCCUGGAUGAGAAAAGCAGAACUAUGAGCCGAUCCGGCUCUUUCCGUGAUGGCUUUGAAGAAGUGCAUGGUUCUUCUCUCUCUUUGGUAUCCAGUACCUCAUCUAUUUAUUCAACGCCUGAAGAGAAGUGCCAGUCAGAGAUUCGCAAGCUACGAAGAGAGCUGGAUGCAUCCCAAGAAAAAGUGUCAGCUCUGACAACUCAGUUGACUGCCAACGCUCACCUCGUGGCAGCAUUUGAGCAGAGCCUGGGGAACAUGACAAUCAGACUGCAGAGCCUUACAAUGACAGCAGAACAAAAGGACUCAGAACUGAAUGAGUUAAGGAAGACAAUUGAACUACUGAAGAAGCAAAAUGCUGCUGCCCAGGCUGCCAUCAACGGAGUCAUCAACACACCUGAGCUCAACUGCAAAGGACCUGGAGCUGCUCAACCCACAGACCUGCGGAUCCGCAGGCAGCACUCUUCAGAUAGUGUCUCCAGUAUUAACAGUGCUACCAGUCACUCCAGUGUGGGGAGCAACAUUGAAAGUGAUUCAAAGAAAAAGAAGAGGAAGAACUGGGUCAAUGAGUUACGCAGCUCCUUCAAGCAAGCUUUUGGUAAAAAGAAAUCUCCCAAGUCAGCAUCUUCUCAUUCAGAUAUUGAGGAGAUGACUGAUUCUUCGUUACCUUCUUCACCAAAGCUGCCACACCAUAACUCCACUGUUUCAACAUCAUUGCUGAGAGCUUCCCAUUCCAAUUCUCUUAUUUCUGAAUGCACUGACAGUGAGGCUGAAACAGUUAUGCAGUUACGAAAUGAGCUGAGAGAUAAGGAGAUGAAGUUGACUGACAUUCGGCUAGAAGCCCUUAGCUCUGCUCAUCAGCUUGACCAGCUUCGUGAGGCGAUGAACAGAAUGCAGAGUGAGAUUGAAAAACUAAAAGCAGAGAAUGAUCGGCUUAAAUCUGAAAACCAUGGCAGCUGUAGCAGGGCUCAGUCUCAGGUUUCCAUUUCAUCCUCUCCAAGACAUUCAGUGGGUCUCUCUCAACACAGUUUGAACCUCACAGAGUCAACCAGUCUCGACAUGCUGUUAGAUGACACUGGAGAUGCUUCUGUCCGGAAAGAAGGAGGCAGACACGUCAAAAUAGUUGUCAACUUUCAGGAUAAAAUGAAAUGGAAGGAGGAUUCGAGGCCUCGCACCUUCCUCAUAGGCUGCAUUGGAGUGAGUGGCAAGACCAAAUGGGAUGUUCUGGAUGGGGUUGUACGGCGGUUAUUUAAGGAGUAUAUCAUUCAUGUGGAUCCUGUGAGCCAGCUGGGGCUGAAUUCAGACAGCGUUCUGGGCUACAGCAUUGGAGAAAUCAAACGCACUAACAGUGCAGAGACACCUGAGCUGCUGCCCUGUGGUUAUCUAGUUGGAGAAAACAACACUAUUUCAGUUACCAUCAAAGGUAUCUGCGAGAACAGUUUGGAUGGUCUGGUGUUCGAAUCACUGAUCCCAAAGCCUAUACUGCAGCGUUAUGUCUCUCUCCUGAUGGAACACAGACGGAUUAUAUUAUCUGGCCCCAGUGGCACUGGUAAAACAUACCUAGCAAACCGUCUGUCUGAGUAUAUGGUCCUUAGAGAGGGCAGGGAGUUGACUGAUGGCAUUAUUGCAACCUUCAAUGUGGACCAUAAAUCCAAUAAGGAGCUCCGCCAGUACCUGUCCAACCUAGCAGACCAGUGUAACAGUGAAAACAAUGCUGUGGAUAUGCCUCUUGUAGUCAUUUUGGAUAAUUUGCAUCAUGUUAGCUCCCUAGGAGAGAUCUUUAAUGGACUUCUAAACUGCAAGUACCACAAAUGUCCGUAUAUUAUUGGCACAAUGAACCAAGCCACCUCCUCAACACCUAAUCUUCAACUUCACCAUAAUUUCAGAUGGGUGCUAUGUGCUAACCACACUGAGCCAGUCAAAGGCUUUCUGGGCCGUUUCUUGAGAAGAAAACUAAUUGAAACCGAGAUCAGUGGGAGGAUGAGAAAUACGGAGCUGGUUAAAAUUAUUGACUGGAUUCCCAAGGUCUGGCAACAUCUAAACAAAUUCUUGGAGGCUCAUAGCUCCUCUGAUGUUACUAUUGGUCCACGGCUCUUCCUCUCCUGUCCGAUAGAUGUAGAUGGUUCUAGAGUUUGGUUUACUGACUUGUGGAACUACUCCAUCAUCCCAUAUCUUCUGGAGGCAGUUAGAGAAGGGCUGCAGUUGUAUGGAAGGAGAGCACCCUGGGAGGAUCCUGCCAAAUGGGUGAUGGACACUUACCCCUGGGCAGCCACCCCACAGCACCAUGAGUGGCCUCCUCUGCUACAGCUGCGGCCUGAAGAUGUGGGCUUUGAUGGCUACUCAAUGUCACGGGAAGGCUCAACUAGCAAACAGGUUCCAGUGAGCGAUGUUGAGGGAGAUCCUUUGAUGAACAUGCUAAUGAGACUGCAAGAAGCAGCCAACUACUCAAGUCCUCAGAGUUAUGAUAGUGACUCUAACAGCAACAGCCAUCAUGAUGACAUCCUUGAUUCAUCUCUGGAGUCGACAUUGUGAUUUUCCUCAGAUGGAAAGAGGUGGUUCCUAUUAUCACUCUCCCACUUAGCAAGAGUCCUGCUCACAGACUUAUGAAAAGAACACAUUCCUGGGCUGGGAUCUCAGUAUUAGAGCUACAAGAACAAGACACUUGGAAUCAGUCUUGAACCUGGGUGCCGGCAACCCAAGCAACCUUUGUAUUCUUUUUCUUUUGAGAACUGCACUAAUUACUUUGUUUUCUUCUGUUUAGUUGCUGUAAGCUCUCAUGCCUAAGUUACUGAAGAUGUUAAAAGUAAUCAUCAUUACUAAAAGUUGAAGGGGCGGGAGGGGGAACUUCACAGCUAUGAAGCAAACAACUUUGUGCCAUGUACUGUCCGGAAGGAGAAGGGAGAGGAAAUACUUGCCUAUGCUUCUUCUGACCAAACACAUUUAGGUGAGGGCUGGACUUUUACCAAUCAGCUUUGCAGAUUAAACUCAGCUUCAUAGAGUUCUGGUGCUAUAACAAUAUCACUUGCCUUGGUAACAACACUCAAUAAAGGCAAAGCUGCAAAACAGGGAAGUUUGAAUAAAUAUAGAAAAAGAGAAAAGAAAAAAAAAAAAGGAAAAGAAGCGCUGCUCUCCUUGCCAGUCUGAGACCUUGGCUCUCUUUCAUUGUGUGUUUAUAAAGAUAUAUAUAUAUAUAGGAAUAUAUAAAAAUAUAUAUACAGUCUGAACAAAUCAGGUUUUUUCCAACACUGUGUAACAAUCAGUCCAACCACAAAUGACAGAUCAGGUAGCUCUUUGCUAGUUAAGGCUUGAUUCUCUUCCACUUACAUCCACAUAACCAACUCAAUUGACUUCAGGACUUGAUGAUCUUUAAAGUCUUUUCCAACCUUUCUGAUUCUGUUACACUGAUGUAUUCACACUGAAGUGAGGGAGUUUCCCUCCUCCGUGGAAGUCAGUGCAAAAGGUCUGUGCCCCGUGAAGUCCUACAGCUCUGAAGGACCUUUGGUGAGCCCUGUACACAGAGGUGAGCUACACCCCUGGAAAUUGAUUGAUUGGACUCUCAGUUGUGAAUUCUUGCCAUGAAAUGUUACGGCUGUUUAAUUAAAACUUGAGGUUUUGUUCAGAGAUUUUGUUACAAUCAGCACAAACAUAUAAAUGGGUUACUUAAAACUCAGCUCUGUAACAGUUCCAGUGCUACUCUGGUGAAAACAUUUGUGAUUUUUCUUUUAAAUUAAAAACGAUAAUAAGAUUUUAGCAGUAUUUAGGUCUGGAAACCAAGGAGGGAAGGUGCUUUUAAGUUCAGCUGGGCCAUGCUUUUGAGUUUUGGCAGAGCCGUGAACCUGGUUUUCUUUCUCCUCUCUGAACGCACACAACUAUACACUAUCAGUGUUCAGGCUGGUACUUCUGUUUUGGGAACAAGAACACCUCUCAAAGAAUUGCACUUUCCCUUUGAUGGCAGCAAAAGCUUAUACCACCAUAAUCACAGCAUCAGCUGUACCUCAGCAAAAACCACUCCUCAGUAUGGGUUUGUACGAGCCUUUCCAGUUGUCUUUUGGUGCUGAUUUUUAAAGCAAUGCCUUAUUUUGUACUAAUUGUGUUUGACUAAAUUAGUGCUGUAUGUGACGGGGUUUAUUUAAAGAAACAGGGCUAAAGUUAUCUCUUGGAAUAUCAUAAGUUGCUGUGAAUAUUAUUUGUAAGAGAUACUAGAAUUUGUUUAAAUGUGACAAAAAAAAAGAAGGAAAUGAGAGAAUGUUUCAGGUUCAUAUCAAUCUGCAGCUGAUAAAUCACUGAAGAGCUGUUUUAUCCAUGCGGGGGGUGGGGGGGAAGCUUUUCAACUGUAAUAAAUGCUGUCACUAAUAAAUUACAGGAAUAUGCUGGUUUUUCAAUGUACAGAAAGAAAACUUACUACAAACACUUUUUUAAGAGCUUGUGGUUUUAAAGUAACAGACAAGUUCAUGGUUCUGUGACUCAGCUCGAGAGGAUCGUUUUAUUAUACCUCAUGACUUACUGUAACAUAACUGUACUUUGUCUUACUGAGCUGAUCUUGAAUCUGCUCCUGUUACAACUUUUUAAGUGCUGAUGACUUUUUUGUUUUUAAUGAAAAAUAUUUUAAAAGAAAAAUUUAAAUAUUUUAAUGAUGGGGGUGGGGGAAGAGCUUGGUGUUGUUACUGGUUUAACUUUAUGAACUCUUAUUUCAUUAUUUCACUGAAUGAAAUACCAAGGCUUACUCAGUCGAUGUUCCUAAUCCAGUUCUUGGUACUGUAAAAUGGGAUAAAUCUGUAUGGAAUCACGUAGCAUGCUGAUGAUGAGUUUGAGAGAGGUGAAUUUUUCCAGUAGUCUUGACAAUUCUGCUUCCCAGCACUGACUUUACCUGCUACUACUGUGAAUUUCAGUACCUAAUCCCCCAACUGAAUCCAUGCAGACAGAGCAUGUGCCUGUAAAAAACAAAAAAAUCCAGUUGUAGGGCUAGGGCUUUAAAUGGACUUGAUAUCCUAGAAAAUGGCUCAGUUAACCUUUUAACUGGGUGCUGUAAGACAUGUUUAAAAUUAUGUUUUAUUUGUGGGAAACGGGGUAUUUUUGGUUUUCUCCAUUUUUAAUCCUGUGCUUAAGCUCAGGAAGGAAUUUCUGUUCUUAUUUUUUAUUGACACUAGCUUGGAUUACAGUAUGAGGCAGUUUGGAGUAGGCUAGUCAUUCUAAGCAUCACAAUAUUCAGUGUCUCUUCUGAAACUUCAGGAAGCAGGGUUACCUGUUGUGUACACGUCUUAGUUUUUAUCAAGCCUCUUCAUAGAUUUAAGUCUUUCUUUAAGUGACUUUGUUCUUGUUUAAGGCUUUUUCAAAAUGCUUCCUUAUAUUUUUGACUUUUUGUUUCUUACAAAGUUUGUUUGUGUAAAAAAAAAAAAACAAGGAAGAAAUGCAAAAUUCUAUGCAACAUUCGUGUUGAGUUACAAAUUGUAAGUAGAAAACCAUUUUCUUCAGAACUGCCAAGAAUGAUACAGGCCAUAAAUGAGAUGUGGUUUAUUUGGGGAAGGGGUGGGGGUUGGUUAGCCUUUUUGUACAUUUUGGAAGAAGCAAACUGCUAUUUCAUUGUUGAUGCUUAACUUCGGUAUUAUGUGUAUGAAAUCUUGUCUAAAUGUGGCAAUUUGCUUUCAAGGAAAAAAACUGCAAAAAGAAAGAAAAAACCCCACAAACUUUGUUGCUAUUCAAUGGAAGGUUGCUGUUUUGAUCUAGUCGUUUUCAGUGGAACAGUUUAUGAAAUAUGUUCUAUAAGAUGUACAUUUUUUCAUUGUAACAUAGAAAUGUAAAUAUUUGAUUAAAAGUGCUGCAUUUUGAUGAAUUUUUUCUAGCCAUUUUUAAAGAGAAAAAACUAGGAAUUGAGUAUUUUGUGUAUGUUUAUGAUGUUUUCCAUUUGCUUCUCUCCCUAUUUAAUUUUCAGUUCUCAUUUAGGAUUGGAAUUUGUGAAUGGUCUGUUUGAGAUCAUGCUUCCUCUUUCUUACCCUCCCUGUUUCUGCCCCUUCCUCACCCCCUGUGUCAUGGAGAAUAAAGCUGAUGAUUGUACCAGUCUUAAAUUAUUAAUGAGUCAAUAAAUUUGAUGCUUAUUUAUUCAGA